AUGGCGUCAAACAAACGCAAGACAGACGCGCCUAUAUCCCCUCCACCGGUAAAACGAAAGGCCCAGAGCUCCAUCUCGAACAGUGCCGUGUCCAGUUUCUUCACGCCGGCUUCACAGAAACCCAAGGAACGCACCACGUGGUCCGAGAGGGCACCAGAUGACGACGACACACCGGCAACACUGCUCGUCGGUCGCUACGAGCCCGAGAAGGCAGACGAGUCGGAUCAAAAGAGGAAGAGGAGGAAAGUCGCGGCGUUUGAUCUGGACUCCACCCUGAUCACGACGUCUUCGGGGAAGAGACACGGAGACGACCCGUCGGAUUGGAAGUGGUGGGACUCCUCCGUGCCCUCCAAGCUGCGACAGCUCUACGGGGACGGCCACCGGGUCGUUAUACUCAGCAACCAAGCCGGACUGACGCUACAUCCGGACCCCAAGGCAAAGGGGCCGAAGAACCUGGGCAAGGACAGGGUCGCCAAGUUCAAGCAGAAGUGCAACGCGGUGCUCGCCCAGCUCGACUUGCCCACGACGGUGUACGCAGCCACAGCGAAAGAUAUCUAUCGCAAACCGAGGACAGGAAUGUGGAAGGAGGUUUGUCGGGACUACGACCUCGCAGAGGACGAAAUCGACCUAGAGAACAGUGUGUUUGUCGGCGACGCCGGUGGUCGGACUGCAGUGCUGAAGGGAGGCGCCGUCGCCAAGGACUUCAGCUGUUCGGAUCGCAACCUCGCGCACAACCUGGGUCUGUCAUUCAAAACCCCAGAGGAGUUCUUUCUCGAUCGGGAGCCACGUGAGUUCCAGAGAGACUUCGACCUGGCCAAGCACCAGUACGAGGAAGAGGACGACGAUCUUAUGUUUGAGAAGAAGAACAAGCAGGACAUGGUUCUUUACGUCGGCCCACCAGGCGCAGGGAAGAGCACUUUCUUCUGGAGGCAUCUAAAACCGCUGGGUUACGAGCGUAUCAACCAAGACACUCUCAAAUCGCGCGCCAAAUGCUUCAAGGCCGCCGCGGACGCGUUGUCCGAAGGAGAGUCCGUGGCCGUCGACAACACGAACCCCGACGCCGACGGGCGUGCUGAGUGGGUGGCUCUGGCGAAGAAGCACAAUGUCCCGAUCCGCUGCGUCUGGUUCAAGACGCCGAUCGAGCUCUGUGAGCACAACGACGUCGUGCGUGCGUUAAACAAGCCGAUGAACCCUGAAGCUCGAAAAGCACUACCCAAACUUGCGUUCAAUGGAUUUGCGUCGAGGUUCAGGGAGCCCAAGGUCAAGGAAGGCUUCCAGGAUGUUGUCGAGGUGGAGUUCAAGUUCAGGGGUACGAAAGAAGAGUAUGAUAUCUGGGGUCGGUACUGGACCUAG